AUGGAAGCUAUCCAGCUUCAAUGCUAUAGGAGAGCAUGGGGACCAUCAUUGAGAACCCCGAAAUGGUACAAACGUAAAGCAGGUGACUCUUUUGGUUUUGGAGGGAAGCUUGUUUCAUUUCACUCUGCAGAUGCUGUAGCUGGAUCUUCGGAGGUUUAUUUGCAUAAUGUUCUUAUAGAACAAAGUUUGGUGAGUUGCUCUUCUGAAUUUGAAGCUGCAAUACAAAAUUUAGAGAGAUCUUCACUGAGGCUUUUAUGCAAUAAAAAAUCUCAAGAGUCCGAAUCUGAAGAUGAGAGGGAGACUUGGGGCUUCUUGAAGGUUAUGUUUGAAGAUGAUGGAACAGCAAGGACAAAGCUGCUUACCCACCUAGGUUUCAGUCUGCCUGCUGAAGGGGAAAAUGCUGUACAAGAUGAUCUCUCCCAGGAAGUAAGUGCUUUUGAAGAAAGGGUAGCAGAUAAUGAAGGAUAUGUGGAAAGUAAAGAAUCCUCUGUCUAUCCUUUGGAUAAUGGUGAAGAUUUCCUUAACAAUCUUCCCAGUCCUAAAGUUGAUACACCUUCAUCAACUUUGGGUAGUAACUUUGUAUGUGGAGGCUCUGUUCCUAGUGGGGAAGAGAGGCAACGAGAGUUGAAUGGACAAGAGGAGAUUGUUGAUCCAUCAUUUGAUGAUGCCGUUCAACGAGCCUUGGUUGUUGGGGACUACAAGGGGGCAGUUGCACAGUCCGUCGCUGCAAAUAGAAUGGCUGAUGCUUUAGUUAUUGCACAUAUUGGGGGUGGUUCGUUGUUGGAGAGAACAUGUGAUCAAUACCUUAAGAUGAAUCGUUCCUCUUACCUGAAGGUUGUUUUAGCAAUGGUGAACAAUGACGUAAUGAGCCUUGUAAACACAAGGCCCUUGAAGUCCUGGAAAGAAACACUUGCUCUCCUCUGCACCGUAAGUUUUCCACCUUCAGAGGAUGAAGUCAUAAAUAGAUUGAUGAUUGCUGGUAAUACUCUAGCUGCAACUCUUUGUUAUAUAUGUGCUGGAAAUAUUGACAAAACAGUGGAAAUUUGGUCAAAGAGUCUGGCAACUGAAUUCGAAGGGAAAUCUUAUGUUGAUAUUCUUCAACUUGUUGAGAAAUAUGCUGAAAUAUUGGCAAGCCAGGGGCUUUUAACAACAGCAAUGGAAUACUUAAAGCUUAUGGGGACCGAGGAAUUGUCUCCUGAACUUAUGAUCUUACGAGACCGAAUUUUUCUCUCUACAGAACCUGAUAAAGAAGUACCUAAUUCUAUGGCUUUCGAAAACUCUCAACCACAACCAGGAGCUGUAUAUGCUGCUGAUCAAACCAGUUAUGGCACCGUUGAUACCUCUCAAAAUUAUCAGGUGAACUUUGUUCAGCCUCCCGCCACCAUUCAGCCUGCUGUUAAACCAUUCAUUCCUGCAACCCCUCCUCCAUUGCAGAACGCUGGGGAAUUUCAGCAGCCAACACUGGGGUCUCAGCUAUAUUCUGGGAAUGCUAACCCCAAUUAUCAAGCUGGACCACCAGGGGUUGGUUCACUUGGCCCUGUGACAUCUCAUGGGGGUCCACCUCCUGGGCAUAAUGUGCCUCCGGUUGUUGCUCCCACUCCAGCAUCAAGAGGAUUUAUGCCAAUUACAAAUUUGGGAAUGCAUAGACCUGGGAUAGUUCCUGUGCAGCCAUCCAGUCCUGCAAAGUCAGUACCAGCACAACCAGCUGUAACUCGUGCCCCUCCUCCACCUACAGUGCAGACCGUUGAUACGUCCAAUGUACCUGCUCAUCAAAAGCCCGUCAUUGCAACCUUGAUGAGACUUUUCAAGGAGACAUCCGAAGCGUUGGGAGGUUCGUGUGCAAAUCCAGCUCAUCAAAAGCCCGUCAUCGCAACCUUGAUGAGACUUUUCAAGGAGACAUCCGACGCGUUGGGAGGUUCGCGUGCAAAUCCAGGUAGGAAGCGGGAAAUAGAGGACAAUUCAAAGAGAAUAGGCACCUUGUUUGCAAAGCUUAACUGUGGAGACAUAUCAAAAAAUGCUGCUGAGAAGCUAGUUCAGCUCUGCCAAGCUUUGGACAAUGGUGACUUUAGCACUGCAUUCCAAAUCCAGAUACAACUUACCACAAGUGACUGGGAUGAAUGCAACUUCUGGCUAAAUACACUCAAACGAAUGAUCAAGACGAGGCAGAAUGUGAGAUAA